AUGAGCGAAAUACACAGCAACAGGCCGCAGUCGCGAGACAGCAAGAAUCCAGUCGAGGAGCCCGAGAUUAGAAAGUUCCAGGAGCUGGUGUCGGACGACAAUCAGGAUGGCGUGCGCAUCGCCGAGGCUGUUGCCCUGUCGUGGAGCAAGACCUCAUUGACUGUGGUUUAUGUUUGCAUGUGGCUGUUGUAUUUUUGCAGAGCCAUGAUCGGCUCCCUCUCCGAGACUCUCACGCCCUUUGUCACCAGCGACUUUCAAAGUCACUCGCUCAUGCCCGUCAUUAAUGUCAUGACGAGCAUUCUCUCCGCCGCCACCUAUAUGCCGAUUGCCAAGAUUCUCAACAUCUGGGAUAGAACGUUUGGAUUUGCUGCCAUGAUGGUCCUAUCGACUUUGGGUCUGAUUCUCAUGGCAGCAAGCAAGAGCUUUGCUGUCUACACUGCUGCCAAUGUAUUUUACAAUGUUGGCUUCACUGGAAUGAUUUUUGCCGUCGACAUCAUGACGGCCGACUUUUCCUCGCUCAAGAUGCGUGCCUUUGCCUACGCCCUGACCUCGUCCUCGUACAUCAUCACCGCCUUUGGAGGCCCCAAAGCCGCCGAGACCAUUUACGAGAGCAACUGGCGAUGGGGCUUUGGCGCCUGGACCAUUGUCCUCCCCGUCGUGUCCGCGCCCAUGAUGUACAUGCUGCAGCGCGGAAAGCGCCUGGCCAAGGAGAAUGGCCUGCUUACCCGCGAAAGCAGCAAUCGGACCCGGGCAGAAGGCUUCAAGUACCAUUUUAUCGAGUUUGACGUCAUUGGUGUCUUCUUACUCAGCGCCGGAUUCGUCCUCUUCUUGCUGCCCUUUACCAUUGCUGCCGAUUCCGAGGACCAGUGGCGCUCCGCCUACAUUAUUGCGAUGCUCGUGCUCGGAGUCGUUCUCAUCGCUGUAUUUGCGUUGUGGGAGCGCUUUGGUGCGAGUGUUCCCGUCGUCCCGUGGAAGCUCCUCAAGUCUCCCUGCGUCAUGGGUGCCUGUCUAAUUGCCGCCACGUACCAAAUCUCAUAUGCCUGUUGGAACAGCUACUUCACCUCUUACUUGCAGGUAGUCUACGACAUCUCCAAGUCGCGAGCUGGAUACAUCAAUAACAUCUUCAAUGUCGUCAGCGGCAUCGAGCUGUUCCUCGUCGGCAUCUUGAUUCGCUGGUCAGGUCGCUACAAAUGGGUGUUCAUGUGGGGUAUUCCUCUCUACAUCCUAGGAGUUGGCCUUUUGAUCUAUUUCCGUCAGCCAAACCACAGCCUUGGAUACAUUAUCAUGUGCCAAAUCUUCAUGUCGCUCGGUGGUGGGGUCAUCAUUGGCGGACAGCAGGUUUCGGUUGUGGCGACGGUGUCUCACGAUGAAGUUGCGUCGGCCAUGGCUGUGCUCUCACUAAUUGCAACUAUUGGCGGCGCCAUCGGCAACAGUAUCUCUGGUGGUAUAUGGACCAACACUCUGCCAGGCAAGCUUCAGCAGCUUCUCCCAGACUCCGUCAAGGACCAGUGGCGGGAUAUUUAUGACGACCUGGAUGUCCAGUUGAGCUAUCCCGUCGGCACGCCGGAGCGCACAGCUAUCAUGGAUGCCUACGCUGGCAGUCAAAAAUUCAUGCUGAUUGCAGGCACAUGUAUCAUGGGCUUGUCUCUCAUUUGGAUGAUGAUGCUCAAGAAUGUCAAUCUCAAAAAGAUAGACCAGGUCAAGGGGUUGGUACUUUAA